CCCCCAAUACAUUGCUCCUCCUCCUCCUCCAAUCUGGCUCUUCUGUUCCAGGACUGGGGGGUGUGAGCCCCCUCCCUAACUGCCUGCUUCUCCCGGAAGUGGAGCUUCCACUCCGGAUUGCUGCUCUGACCCGUAGCUAUAGGGGGGCGCGCGUUCUCAAAGGGGAGGAGGGGCGACAGGUAAAUCCUCCCCACCCACGUGGAUGUUGCAGGAAAGGAAAGGAGGAUCGGGAGCGAGCACAAAGAGGCAGUGUCAGAGUGACUGACAAGCUGAGAUACAAUCCUUCAGCAUCCGAUGACAGCGACUGCCUGAAUCUUCCCAGUCAAAGGACCCAUUUUCAAGAUAGACAGUGCCUGGGGCUGGAGGCUCUACACACAGGAUGUGCCUGUGCAGGCCAAAGACUGCCAGUAUUAGCACAGGUGAGGACUUCCUCUCUGCCCACUCUGAAGAAGGUGUUACAGAAGAAUGUCAGAAUUCCAGGGGACGGGAAUAGACAUUGAAAUGUGAGAAAUGUGGAAUAUGCUUCACUGAAUGAGCACACAUAGCUCACAUCAACAAACUCACAGGAGAGAAACCUUUUAAAGAUUUGAAGUGUGGAAAGAGUUUCACUGAUAGUGAAAAACCUAGAACACACCAGCAGACUCACAUGGGUAAGAAAGGAUUCCAAUGCAGGGAGUGUGGGAAGAGCUUCAGUCAGAAUGGAAACCUUAAAUUACACCAAAAGACUCACACAGGGGAGAAACCAUUUAAAUGUAUGGACUGUGGAAAGAGCUUCAGUCAGAAUGGAAACCUUAGAAUACAUCAACGUACACAUACAGGGGAGAAACCGUGUAAAUGCAUGGCUUGUGGAAAGAGCUUUAGUGAUAGUGGAACCCUUAGAAAACAUCAACAUAUUCACACAGGAGAGAAACCAUAUACAUGUAUGGAGUGUGGAAAGAGCUUCAGUUUCAGUUCAAACCUUAGAAAACAUCAACUGACUCACACAGGGGAGAAACCAUUUAAAUGCAUGGAGUGUGGAAAGAGCUUUAGUCAAAAUGCGCACCUAACUUUACACCAUCAAACUCACACAGGUGAGAAACCAUUUAGAUGUAUGGAGUGUGGAAAGAGCUUCUUUCAGAUUGGAAACCUUAGAAUACAUCAACGGACUCAUACAGGGGAGAAACCAUAUACAUGUAUGGAGUGUGGAAAGAGCUUCAGUCACGAUGCAGGCCUUAGAUCACAUCAACGGACUCACACAGGAGAGAAACCAUUUAAAUGUAUGGAGUGUGGAAAGAGCUUUAGUUACGAUGCAGGCCUUAGACAACAUCAACGGACUCACACAGGGGAGAAACCAUAUAAAUGUAUCGAGUGUGGAAAGAACUUCAGCCAGAGGGCACACCUUAGACAACAUCAACGGACUCACACAGGAGAGAAACCAUUUAAAUGCAUGGUGUGUGGAACAAACUUUAGUUAUGGUGGAAGCCUUAGAUCACAUCAACGGACUCACACAGGAGAGAAACCAUUUAAAUGUAUGGAGUGUGGAAAGAGUUUUAGUUACGAUGCAGACCUUAGAAAACAUCAACGGACUCACACAGGAGAGAAACCAUUUAAAUGCAUGGAGUGUGGAAAGAGUUUUAGUGAUAGUGGAAGCCUUAGAACACAUCAACGAACUCACACAGGGGAGAAACCAUUUAAAUGUAUGGAGUGCGGAAAGAGCUUCAUUCAGAUUGGACAACUUAGAACACAUCAACGAACUCACACAGGGCAGAAACCAUAUAAAUGUAUCAAGUGUGGAAAGAACUUCAGUCAGAGUGCACACCUUAGACAACAUCAACGGACUCACACAGGAGAGAAACCUUUUAAAUGUAUGGAGUGUGGAAAGAGCUUCAGUUAUAGUGGAAACCUGAGAGUACAUCAACAGACUCACAUCGGUAAGAAACGAUUUAAAUGUAUGGAGUGUGGAAAGAGCUUCAGUCAGAAUGGACACCUUAGAACACAUCAGCAGACACACAGGGCAGAAACUGUUUAAAGGUAUGGACUGUGGAAGGAGCUUCAGUCAGAGUGGAAGCCUUGAUUUAUGUCAACAAACACACAAAAGACAAACCAUAUAAAUAUCAGGAAAGUAGACAGAGGUUCAGUCCUAGUGGAAUCCUACAUCUACAGACUCAUGGACAGGAAGAACUUUAACAGUUGACACCCUAUAAAUCCAUCAACCCUCAAAGAGGAGAAGCUGUUUAAAGGGAAAGAUUGCAGAAAGUGCUUUAGUUAUAAUGGAGUGUUUAAGGAACAUCUAAGAGCCAGUGUGGUGUAGUGGUCAAGAGUGGUUCGUAAUCUGGGGAACCGUGUUUGCGUCCCCGCUCCUCCACAGGCAGCUGCUGGGUGACCUUGGGCCAGUCAUACUUCUUUGAAUUGUCUCAGCACCACUCACCUCACAGAGGAAGGGAAAGGAGAAUGCUAGCCACUUUGAGACUCCUUCGGGUAGUGAUAAAGCGGGAUAUCAAAUCCAAACUCUUCUUCUUCUCAGAGUGGAGAACCCAUUUAAAUGUAUGGAGGGAGGAACGUGUUCCUUUCAGAGUUUACUCUUCUUCACAGCAAUGAACUUAGCAGAAAAUCCAUCUUCAAAGCAUGUCAUGUAUUUGUUCUGCUGUUUAUAUGUAAAACUGUAUAGUAAUGAAAUAAUGAAGGUAAUAUCCCACAAUAAUGAGUAUAAUUUUAGAUGUAAGGUACCUUUUGAUAGUGAGGGGGAGAGGGUGAAUCUGUAUUUCUGGUGGUGAGUGAGGAUUAGGGCUGGGCAUAUAUUGCUCUCAUCCUAUACUAGUUUCUAGACUACAUUGUGAUAACUUUGGAAAACAAUGGAUAUGGCAAUACACCAUAAAUCACAGUGUGUGUUUCUGGGAUGCACAUUUGCCUCAAAGCAGCCGGCAGAAAGCUUUGCUUCAUGAAGGGCUUCUGGUUGAUCGCUCGCCAUCACAGUUGGAGAUCUCUUUAUCGGAGGAGACCUCGGUAUAUCAAAGGCAGGGGAAACUGCUCCAGCACAGCAGACCCCCGGAAAACCUCAAAUCGAGCAUUUUGAGGACAUGGAAUCUGGCAGGUGUCAAAAGUGGGCUCCCCCCUCCCUGGAAAGUUCUGUUUUUGAGCUCCGAGAAUGAGGGGGUUGGAGCUGCGACACAUCGGACAAAAAGCUUCCUGUGAUUAUACGAAGCUGCGAGACUAUGAGGCAUUAGCGGUCAAUUCUUCCAACAUCAAAAGGACUGUAUUGUGUGUACCUUUUACGUUUGGAUUAUAUAUGGCUAAUGUAGGGGUUGUGCUGACAAGCUAGCUGAGAUAAUGCUCCGGGCACACAGCCAUCUCUGUACAAGAGAUUUAUUGCUAAGCUUCAAAGCAGUUACAAGAGUUCAAAAACACACUUCAUCUCUCGGAGUCAGAUGAAUUGUCUGACUUUUUUUACGCCUCCCCCAGCAAGCCCAUUUCCUGAGUCCACACCUCUUGCUUCCUCUGCUCUGUGAGUGGCUGGUUCCCAGUACUGGCUCCCCCCUCCCAGCUUCCUCCUCUGACGUGGAAGAGAAACUGCUAAUUACCGGCGUGGACUCUCUGUACUUGCCUCUCUGCUUCCCCCUCAGCUCUUUCGCAGCCUCCAAUUCCCUGACAUCCACCCCCUCCUCAAAGGCCCCCUCCCCCUCGGGAGAAUCGACCACCCCCAAUUUACCCUUCUCUGGAGUGGCGGGGGUGAAGCCUGGAAAACUACCCUCCUCCUCAUCCGUAUCUUCAAAAACCCUCCUCCAGUCCUCCCUCAAACCCACAGUUCCUCGUGUUCCCCAAAAGACACUUUCCUCUUCUUCUUCCUCUUCGUCAGAUGGUGGGAAUCCCUCGAAAUUCUCUUCAUCGUCCGUCGGCCCGAACACCUGUUGGAAAAAUCUACCCCGGGGUUUGGGUUUGUCGGGGAAGAAAUUGUGGAACUCCUCCACUAGACCUUCGUCAGUGAUACAACUCUCCGGGACCCAGGUAUUCUCUGAACUAGGGGCCCCUUCCCACGCCACCAGAUACUCUUGCCUCUCUGCUUCCCCCUCAGCUCUUUUGCAGCCUCCAAUUCCCUGACAGCUAACUAAAGACCUGACCUCAAGAGUCGCUAAAUCAGAGAUUUGCCCAAGGACUUGUUCUGAUCGUAAUGCUGUGUUGACAGAGUUAAAAUUGUCUCUACAGGGUACUUUUAGAUGGCAGAUGAAUGAUGUUUUACUGAGAAAUGAAUUGAUCGUAAAUAAAGCUCAAAAGACCCUAAAGGACUAUUUUGAAUUGAACCUGAAUCCUGGAAUUGAAGCAAGGGGUGCAAGUAAAGUGGUAAUGCCAGGUAUUUUGAUUCAACAGAAUUCUAUCAGGAAGGAAGCACAGAAUGAGCAAAAGGAAAAAGUUCUGUCUCAAAGGAGAAAGAGAAAAAGCUAAGAUGUAACCCAAAAAAAUCAACAGAUUCAAAAGGAAAUUAAAGCAUUACAAUCUUAGUCUUCACAAAUAGUAAACCAAGAAAUUGAAUGGAAAAUUAUAUUGAUGAAACAAAAGACUUUUGCAUCGGCAAAUAAAUGCAGAAAAUUAUUGGCUUGGGGACAGAAGGAGAGUACAAUAAUUAAUAUUAUGGAGGGUGGUAAGAAUAUUGAGAACCCAACAGAGAUUAGAAAAUGUUUUCAAAAUACUAUAAGCAGCUUUACAAAAAGGAAAAAUGGAUAAAAUGGAACAGUUUUUGGACAAAAAUGGAUUGCAGAAAAUUCCAGCGGACAAAACAAGCCUACUAAAUGAACUGGUUACAAGACAAGAAGUUGAAGGGGCAAUUAGAAUCAUAGAAUCAUAGAGUUGGAAGAGACCACAAGGGCCAUCGAGUCCAACCCCCUGCCAAGCAGGAAACACCAUCAGAGCACUCCUGACAUAUGGUUGUCAAGCCUCUGCUUAAAGACCUCCAAAGAAGGAGACUCCACCACACUCCUUGGCAGCAAAUUCCACUGUCAAACAGCUCUUACUGUCAGGAAGUUCUUCCUAAUGUUUAGGUGGAAUCUUCUUUCUUGUAGUUUGGAUCCAUUGCUCCGUGUCCGCUUCUCUGGAGCAGCAGAAAACAACCUUUCUCCCUCCUCUAUGUGACAUCCUUUUAUAUAUUUGAACAUGGCUAUCAUAUCACCCCUUAACCUCCUCUUCUCCAGGCUAAACAUGUGCAGCUCCCUUAGCCUUUCCUCAUAAGGCAUCGUUUCCAGGCCUUUGACCAUUUUGGUUGCCCUCCUCUGGACACGUUCCCGUUUGUCAGUGUCCUUCUUGAACUGUGGUGCCCAGAACUGGACACAGUACUCCAGGUGAGGUCUGACCAGAGCAGAAUACAGUGGCACUAUUACUUCCCUUGAUCUAGAUGCUAUACUCCUAUUGCCCAAAUGAAAAUAGGCAAAGCACUGGGACCUGAUGCUUUAACUUCCAAGUAUUAUAAAAUAUUUAAGGAUUGGCUGAUACAACCAUUGAUGGAUGUUGUAACAAAAUAUUAAAGGGGGACAAAGCACCCGAGCCCUGGAAAGAGGCCUUCAUCACUCUGAUACCCAAACCAGAUACAGAUAGAGCUCAAGUAAGGAAUCAGCGACCAAUUUCCUUGUUGAAUGUGGAUUAUAAAAUAUUUGCAAAUAUUUUGGCUACAAGAUUGAAGAAGAUUUUGAAUAAGCACAUACAUAAAGAUCAGUCAGGUUUUUUAUCUGAGAGGCAUAUGAAAGAUAAUAUUAGGAAUGUGCUGGAAAGAUUAGAGGCAAAAAAGAAUCCUAAAGCAAUGUUUAUGUUUAUUGAUGCAGAGAAAGCCUUUGAUAAUGUUUCUUGGAGUUUUAUGAAACAGAACUUGUGUAAUAUGGGGAUCGGUCAAAAAAUUUUUUAAUGGUAUUAAUGCAAUUUACUUGGAGCAGAAAGCAAAAAUUAUAAUUAACAAUGUGGUCUCAGAAGAAAUUAGGAUUGAGAAGGGAACCAGGCAAGGGUGCCCACUUCCUCCCCCCCCCCUGCUUUCUAUUUCUGUCCUAGAGGUGCUGCUGAAUAUGAUAAGGAAUGAUGAGGAAGUUAAAGGCAUAGUAGUGGGAACUAAACAAUAUAAGUUUAAAGUCUUUGCUGAUGAUUUGGUAUUGACUUUACAGGACCCUGAGAUCAGUGCAAUCAAAGCACUGAAGAUAAUUCAACAGUUCGGACAAGUUGCAGGUUUCAAAUUGAAUAAGAAUAAAACCAAAGUUUUAGGGGGGGAAAUAACGAUACAUGAAAAACUUAACUUAGAGGAACCCACAGGGCUGAAGUUUGUGAAAAAGGUGAAAUAUCUGGGUGUAAAUAUGACUGCAAAAAAUGCAUUUGUACAAAGACAACUAUGAAAAGUUAUGGAAAGAUAUCAAAAGAGAUUUGGAUAUUUGUACAAGGUUGAAACUAUCUUUGUUGGGCUGGAUUUCUGCGAUAAAGAUGAAUGUAUUGCCUAAGGUGUUAUUUUUGUUCCAAGUUCUCCCUAUCAUUGAUAAGUUGAAUUGUUUUAAGGAAUGGCAAAAGAUAUUAUCUAAAUUUAUCUGGCAGGGGGAAAAACCCAGAAUUAAGUUUAAAUUAUUAACAGAUGUAAAAGAGAGAGGGGGUUUCUCCCUGCCAGAUUUAAGGAUUUACUUUGAAGCUGCAGCCUUUUGCUGGCUGAAACAAUGGUUUUUAUUGGAAGAUACAGAUGUUUUGGAUUUAGAAGGUUUUGAUAAUGUAUUUGGUUGGCAUGCAUAUUUAUGGUAUGACAAGCUAAAAGCUCACAAAAGAUUUAAAAAUCAUAUAAUUAGAAAAUCUUUGGAUGAUGUUUGGAUAAGUUACAGGGAUUUGUUAGAAAGGAAAACACCCAGAUGGAUAUCACCAUUGGAAGCUAAGACCCAUAAAAGGUUGAAUAUGGAAGAUACAUGGUUGAAGUAUAAUGAUAGUUUGAUGGAAGUAGGGGACCAAUUUAGAUUAAAAUCUUUAAUCCGUUGAAAGAUAAAUUAGAUGAUUGGUUCCAGUACAUCCAGAUAAAUGAAAUGUUUAAAAUGGAUUAGAAAAUUGGUUUUCAAACAGAGAAAUCCAAACUAGAAAUGGAAUUAUUAGAUACAAAAACAAAAUACCUAUCUAAGAUGUAUAAUUUAUUGCUGGAAUGGCAUACGAGAGAUGAACAAGUGAAAUCUGUAAUGAUUGAAUGGGCCAGGGAUGUGGGGCACAAUAUCAUGAUGGUGGAUUGGGAUAAAUUGUGGAAAAAAGAAUUGGAAGAAACAAGAUUUACCAACUAUCGAAGAAUGGCAGAUGAAGAUGGACUAUAUGGAAUUUGCCAAACUGACCGGGAGACUCUGAGACCAGAGAGAAGAGAUGGUGGAAGAAGAUUGGAAGAAGCUUAAGGAAUAUUUGAAAAAAUAUGUUAAUAUUUAAAUCUUAGAAUAGCUUUGGAAGUGGAUAUAGGCUGUAGGGUUAGAAGUAGAAGAUAGUGUAUUUUAAAAUAAUAUUAUUUGUAAGCGAUAAAAUGUGAAGUUAAUUUAAGUGUGAUAAAAAAAGAUGGUUAGAAACUAUGAUAUAUGUAAACUGCUAAAGAAGUAACAUGAAAAUCAGAUAGGUGGGACUUGGAGAAGCGCACCUAACAAUGUUUAGAAAAAUAAGGAUAAGAGAAUAAUCUGUUUGUGUUGUUUAUUUUUUUGUUUGUGUUCUUUAUUUGUGUUAUAAAAUGAAUAUUUUUUUUUUGAUAAAAAAGAAGAAAGCUUUGCUUCGUGAAGCCCCUGAAUAUGCUGAGUUCCUGACUUCCCUCCCAGACGACAGGAAGCGAAAGACACACGUCCACUGCCCUGCGUCCUUCCAGCCUCUUUCCUCCCUUGCUCCCUUCUGCCGGUUUGUGUGCCUGACUUAGAUAUCCUGUGUGCUCUAUUUUUUUACUGCUGAAACUGGAUUUGCUCUCAGGAGCAAAGUUUUGUGCCUCACUGGGGACCCAGGGAGAACUGUAUGCUUUGAAAGCUCCGUAAACUAUUACUGAAGAAGU